AAGCACUUCUAUUCUCUGACGGGUACUAGACUUUCAGCAUAACUGGUGCACUGAAGAAUACCAGCAGAAACCAGACAACCUGGAUACUCCGAUCCCCGAGACUAUUGGCGCCACUUGCACCGCAUGCGGCUAGCGUCACCCCGCAUUGAGAUGUACCGAAGCACGCGGGCGAUCUGUUUCCCGACCGCUGGGGAAUGCCUAUAUCAUCCUCCGCAGGCCCGGCUUUCCGCCAGCCUUGCUCCUGCCUUGAUGGUCACAGUCGGCAUCUAUCCAAUUGAGGUGCUGGUGCAACGGAUCAGCACUCACCAUUGGCAAGAUGACAAAAAAGGCACGCCUAUCUGCACGGCAGAUUUCCGAACACAAGUCACCCGAAGACUGUUGGAUUGUGGUCGACAACCACGUGUGGGAUGUGACAGACUUCUUGGAGGAGCACCCGGGAGGGUCCACAAUUAUCUUAAAGUACGCCGGAAAGGACGCCACCACAGCAUACUCGGAAGUCCAUGCCCCGAGUGUCAUCCAAACACACCUACCCCUGGAGAGAUAUAUGGGAACCUUGGAUGAAUCGACGAUCGCCGACGACUGGGUGAAGCUGCCGCCGACCGAGAACCCCCAGGUACUUCUGGAAAACGAGAAGCCGCCGCUUCACACCCUCAUCAAUUCCCAUGAUUUUGAAGUGGUGGCAUCGAAAACGGCUAGCAAGAAAACAUGGGCGUUCUAUUCCAGUGCUUCAACGGAUCUGCUUACGAGGAAUGCAAACAAGUCAUGCUUUGACCGCAUAUGGCUGCGGCCAAGGGUGUUGCGGAAUGUGCGGUCAGUGGACACAACAACGCAGCUGCUUGGCGUCGACACGUGCCUCCCGCUGUUCGUCAGCCCGGCGGCAAUGGCCAAGCUCAUUCAUCCGGAUGGUGAACUCGCCAUUGCCAGGGCGUGCGAGAACAAAGGUAUCUUCCAGGGGGUCUCCAACAAUUCAUCCUAUCCUCUAGAGGAACUCCGUAAUGCUGCCCCUGCAGCAAAUUUCUUCUUUCAACUGUAUGUGAACCGGGAUCGCGAGAAAUCUGCGGCCCUUCUCCGCCAAUGCUCCGCAAACCCCAACAUCAAAGCCAUCUUCGUCACGGUUGAUGCCGCUUGGCCUGGGAAACGGGAGGCAGAUGAGCGUGUCAAAGCAGACGAAACCUUAUCGGUCCCGAUGGCUCCAUCUAAAGCGAAGAAUGACAAGAAGGGCGGUGGUCUCGGUCGCGUCAUGGCCGGAUUCAUCGACCCCGGAUUGACGUGGGAGGAUCUAGUGUGGGUGCGACAGCACACCCACUUGCCCGUAUGCCUAAAAGGCGUAAUGUCCGCGGAUGAUGCUAUCCUCGCAAUGGAAGCCGGACUGGAUGGUAUCAUGCUUAGCAAUCACGGUGGGCGCAACCUAGACACCAGUCCGCCGUCCAUUGUCACGCUUUUGGAGCUUCACAAGCGGUGCCCAGAGGUCUUCGAUCGAAUGGAAAUUUAUGUCGAUAGUGGUAUCCGUCGGGGCACGGACAUCCUGAAAGCUGUCUGUCUGGGGGCCACGGCGGUGGGGAUGGGACGCAGUAUGCUUUUUGCAACGAACUAUGGCCAGGAGGGUGUGGAGCAUUUGAUCGACAUCAUGAGAGACGAACUGGAAACGGCAAUGCGUAAUACAGGAAUCACCAGCCUUGACCAAGCGGGUCCUCAUCUCGUCAAUACGGGGGAUAUCGACCAUCUUGUUCCUAAAUCUGCUAGACAUCCGUACGCACGGAUGAUCGCUAAGGGACGGGGUUUACCUAGACCCAAACUUUGAUCGGUGCUGAAAUUCGGGUCAAAGUAUCGAACAGCGACAUGUGCCGAGAUUAGAUACAUGUCGGUCUGCUAGUCAUCACAGGGUGUCCGACAUAUUGUCAUCAAAGGGCGCCAUUAACGUGUGGUGAUUCAUAUCUACCAACUACAUCCAACCUAAAUAACGUAUUAACUUUCUGUAUGUCCAAUCCAGACGAGA